AUGGCAGUCGACCAAGAAAAAGGGUUCCGUGAACCUGCUUCAGACAACAACGACCAUGCAUCUCAGAGCACCGUCAAUCAGGUUUCUCCUGUCAUUGAGAGUCAAGAUCCCGAGCCCGUCGUGACUCUCAAAACAUGGAUUGUUUCUUGUAUUCUCUCCUGCGGAUAUGGUCUCUCCUUCUGGCCUGUUCCAGUUGUGGCUGCCAUUGGUAGUACAGUUUCUGCUGAUCUGGGAGAGCCGAAUGCGUAUGUUUGGUUUACGCCGGCGUGGACCAUUUCGAUCACUUGCGCGUUUCUUAUCUUUGGUCCGAAUACCGACUUGCUUGGUCGUCGAUGGUUCCUUGUAGGAGGAAACUUGGUCUGCACUAUUGGCCAUAUCAUCGUCGCAUCAGCCAAAACGAAUAACCAAAUCAUCGCCGGCCUCGCAAUCUCUGGCUUCGGAGGAGCCAAUUGUCAAAUGGCCGCAUUUGCUCUUCCCGAACUUCUCCCGAACAAAUGGAGACAUAUUGGAGUUGUCAUUGCCGACUUCACGGUAUACAUUGCCGUCAUCAUAGCGCCCGUUACGGCUCGCUACGGCUAUGAGUUUGGAACGUGGUAUUGGAACUUCGGUGCGAUUGCCAUCUUUCAAGGACUGUCUUUCUUCGGAUUGUUGUUCUUGUACUUUCCUCCUGCGCAUCCGACUGGAACUCCGUAUGGAGAGGUUUUCAAGUCGUUGGACUAUGUCGGUGCAAUCCUAUUCACCGGCGGCGCUGUCUCCUUCUUAAUGGGCAUCGUCUGGGCUGGCGUCUACGACUCCAACGACACCCACGUUGUCGCCCCCCUAGUUGUCGGCGCCUUCGUCCUCAUCUGCUUCGCUCUCUGGGAAACCUUCAGCGGAACCCGCUUCCCCCUUACCCCAACGCACGUCUUUACUUCUUCCUGGGGCCGCGAUUUUACAGCCCCCGCCGUCGCCCUGGGUGUCAUCAAUAUGUUCUACUACUCCUCUAGCAUCCUGUGGCCUAACAUGAUCACACAGUUCUACACUAACGGUGGCGCGGAAUGGAAGUAUGCGGUUGUGUUGUCGCUGCCACAGGGAUUUGCUAUCGCAUUCGGUGCUUUCUUGCUCUCUGUUCUUGGUGGUAAAAUCAGGCACUGGCAAUGGCAGUUGACGGGGUCUGUGUUGUUGAUGGUCGUGUUUGGGUCGCUGCUGGGAAUCGUCACGCCUACUAACAAGGGUACUAUGAUUGCAUUCAUUUUCCUCUCACAGAUGGGCUUUGGCUAUGGAAUUUACCUCAGUAUCGCCAUCACGCAAAUGGGUGUCGACCAGAAAAAUUUGGGUGUUAGUGGUGGUAUUUCGGGAUGUAUCCGUUUCGCUGCUGGAGCCAUCGCAACUACCAUCUACACCACGGUCUACAACAACAAACUCAGCGAGAAGACCGCCGAACUGGUCCCCCAAGCCGCCAUCAAGGCCGGUCUCUCAGAGUCUCGUGUCUCUGAUCUUCUGUCGGCUGUGAGCGGCGGAGCAGCUAAGCUGAGCGAGACUUUUGGCCCUGCUGUGGCCACUGCAGCUACUGACGCUUUGAAUGAUGCGUACUGCAAGGCAAUCUUUGUUGUCGCAAUGGUGUCCAUGGCCUUUGGUAUCGUGGGACUUAUCGCCUGUAUCUGUUGCAAAGAUGUCGACCAUAAGAUGACGAACAAGAUUGAAGUUUAUCUCGAAAACACUGCUCUUGCCGAAAGGAACAAGUACCAUUAA